CCCGACUUCCAAAAAAAGGCACGUUAUAAUAAUAAUAUCUUAGGUACCUACGCUGCUUUUGACGUUUUUGUCAACUACAUAAUUCCUCCCACAUUCUUUUUUCCAUAUUUCUGGUCUAUAUCAGUCAAUCAACAAGAUGUUCGAUAUAGACUGGAUGAGCCUUGCGCUCCCAUUCGCGUACAUUACUGUCCUUGGUGGUUCUCUGUACACCUUUUCUACGAUUUAUCGAAAAAGGAAGGCUUCACAAAAUGCCAACCUAGAACCAUGGUUCCCACCGCACCUCCAACGAAACAUAUACCUGACACUCCUUCACAUGGAGCCCGAAGCCGGCCAAGAGAAGGCACCUAAAGUCCCAGAUAGCGUCGUUCGAGCUGCGCUUCUACGAAGAGCCGUCGAAGAUAUCCGUCGCAUCAUCCAGAUCCGUACCUCGAAGCAAGCACUCAAUACUUUAUUACAACGAGGCAGUGUGGGCGAUGAUCUAAACCAGAGAUUCAUAAGGGCCGAGAAGGAGAUUGAGGAAGAGUUGAGAGAUGUAGUCACAGAGGCAAAUGCUCUCGCGCCCGGCUGGGGUCAAACUAUUUUCCAAUCCGCAAACGAGAUCGCCGCAAACACCAUGCUACGCACACGACUGGAUGAGAUCGAGAACCGAGCGACUACUGACAAGGAGUGGUGGGAGAAGCGACGCGAAACAAUCAAGAAGGACUUCAUGAAAGAGCUAGAGGAAGACUCAUCGACUAAGGACUCUACGAAAGGCGCUAGUGACGACGACGGAGUGUUAGUUGAUUCGGGUACACCUGCAGCUACACCAAGCGGAGCUUCCAAAAAGAAGAAGGGCAAGAAAUGAAUGUGUGCUGGGCGAGACUAGAUGAGCGAGAAAAUCUUUAGGGUUGUUAAGCCACCUUGUACCUCUACGACUAGUUGAUGGGAUAUUCGCAUUCAUCUCCGGCGUUCGGGCAUUCGGGUUUAGGGGUAUUGCGCGGGUGCACAUCGCAUUCACCUUCGCGGGUAGAUACGUUGGGCCGCAUAGUGUCUAAGUAUAUAAUCGAUACGUACGGAAUUAUGUGAGCAUCUCGGAGGCUAGGUCUUGAUGUAUUAGGCACCGCGUGGCUAAUGUUGCCCAUGACUUUUUUCAAAACAUAAUUCCUUACUGGCUGGGAACUUGAUGCGGGGUGUACUAUUUCUAGGCAUUGGCGCUGUGUAUAUGAUUGAUCUUGAACUUUGAAGACGGAUUAAAGCCCGUUUGCCAUUAUUCGCGGGUAACACCUGGUGACGAACACUAUCAGCGCUAUAUGAUUUGAUUCUCGCGGCUUGAAUGAUGUAAAUAGUCUAACUAAAACUAGAGCUACCCUAAACACGCUAAUACUAAAAUGGUAGUACAGGG